GAUCCUCAAAAUGAAAACCAUUCGCCAAAUGUAACGCUCCAUUUCAAAUCAAUCAUCUCUCUCUCGCUCUUACCUAGGGUUUCCAACCGGUGAUUCUUCUUCUAUAAUUCUCGCAAGUCGCCGGAAUCUUCCUGGAAAAUGGCGACUGUUUCCCCUUGUAUCCCUCAUUCACAGACCACUUGCGGCUCUCUUCUCCAGGAAUUGCAGAUUAUAUGGGAUGAAAUUGGGGAAAGUGAUAGAGACAGGGAUAAGAUGCUUCUAGAACUUGAGCAGGAAUGCCUUGAUAUUUACCGAAGAAAGGUUGAGAAAACUAGAAAGUACAAGGCCGAUUUGCAUCAAUUGCUGGCUGAGGCUGACGCUGAAAUAGCAGACAUUUUUUCUGUGCUUGGAGAGCACACUUCAUUCUCACGGGGAAAAGGCACUCUUAAGCAGCAAAUGUCUGCUAUAAAACCAAUGUUGGAGGACCUGCGUUUGAAGAAGGAACAAACAGUGAGUGAUAUUCAUCCCAGCAUGACUGAUCCUGCAAAUGGUCAAUCAAAGAGCAUCAGCAAUGAUACUCUUGCUAAAUUAACCAGGGUAAUUGACUCAUUAAGGCAAGAGAAGCAAAAAAGGCUACUUAAGCUUCAAGGCUUGGGGAGGAUGCUGAUAGAUCAAUGGGAUCUCAUGGAUACACCUGUUGAUGAACGAAACAAAUUUGAUCAUGUUACCAGCUUGAUUGCUUGCACAGUUGACGAGGUCUCAAAGCAGGGAUGCCUUGCUAUAGAUAUAAUUGAGCAGACUGAAGUUGAAAUUGAGCGAUUAAAUGUAAUAAAAGCCAGCAAAAUGAAGGAGUUGGUGUUCAAGAGGCAAAGUGAGCUUGAAGAGAUCUAUAGAGGGGUUCAUAUGGAGGUAGUCAGUGAUGCUGCACGAGAAAAUCUUAUCCACCUAAUAGAAUCUGGUAAUGUUGAUUUGUCUGAACUGCUUUCAAGCAUGGAUGAUCAAAUUGCAAAAGCCAAAGAGGAGGCUGUAAGCAGGAAGGACAUCCUGGACAAGGUUGAGAAGUGGAGACAUGUAACCGAGGAAGAAAAAUGGCUUGAUGAAUAUGAAAAGGAUGAAAAUCGUUAUAGUGCUGGAAAGGGGGUGCACAAAAAUCUAAAGCGUGCAGAGAAAGCAAGAAUUUUUGUCAGCAAAAUACCAUCUAUUGUUGAAAGUCUAAUCACGAAAGUCAAAGCCUGGGAACUGGAGAGAGGAGUCCCCUUUUUGUAUGAGAAGGCGCCUCUGCUACAUACAUUAGAGGAAUAUACUGUAUUACGCCAAGAGAGAGAAGAGGAGAAGCGUAGAUGUCGGGAGCAGAAACGACUGCAAGAACAGCUUGCUGCAGAGCAAGAGGCACUAUAUGGUUCUAGGCCCCCGAUAAGUAAGAAGCCGCUGGGUCAGAGCGCCAACACGAACAACACGGUUGGAACGCCAGUUGGUCGUCGCAUGGGAACUCCCUUGAGCCGUCAUGGACUCUCCACCGGGAAGGAACGUAGAGAAAGCGGCCGGGUUAAUCAGGCAAUACCUUUGAACUAUGUUGCUCUACCAAAAGAUGACUCGGUCCAUCGGGGAAAUUAGAACGCUGACUGUGUUUAGGAACUAGUCAUGGUAAAUCAAUCUCCUAUAGGAUGUUAUGCUUCAUUUUUUUUUUUUCAAUAUAUAUUUUUCAUUUCUUGUAUGCCUCAGCAGGGCUUUGAUUUCUCACAUUAUGAGAAGUCUCAAAGCUUGUGUUACCAUAAGCCGAUUAUGUUCUUUCUCUUACUCCUGUAAAUGAUAAUUGGGGUGUUAGGGUUCCAUUAA